CAAUACUGACUGUCACUUUCCUCUCUCCUCUACAGUGAAUUUGGAAUGUGAGCUAUGGUAACGGCGGCGAGAUGUUCGAUGAGAGAAGCAAGUUAGUUCUUUUUACUAGCCACCCACUAAAUUUAGGGUUUUGAUGUUACUCUUCUAAGUUCUGAUAUAGCUUCUGCAAGAAGAAGGAUCUCUCUCUGUGCUCAUUGCUUUGAUUGGCUUCUUAAAAGUGAGAUUUGUCAUUCUCCAAUUUGUAAAUGAUUUAAGAUGAGAAAUAUGAUGAAUUCUGCUGCUGCUGCAAUGAGACCUGUGAAGGAGGAGUUUGUGACGAUAGACUUAGACGAUGAAGAUGAAGAUGUUCUUUGUGGUGAAGUUAACGUGGAGUGUAUGAUGGAUGCUGAGCAAAUUAAUACUUCUGAUGAUGAUGAUGAUGAUGAUGAUGAUGGUGAUGAUUGGGAUACCAAAAUUGAUCAUCAGUAUAUGAAGUUGUUGGAUAGUUUUAGAGAUGAUGGGAAUUCAUAUCUGAGUGAUAAUCCACUUAGGUCUAUCAGGUAUGAAGUAGAUAACGGAGGAUACGACCAUCGCAGAUUCAAAGCAACGGUUACAAACAAAGAUCGAAACACCGUUCGUGUUGUGACCAAGAAGAAUGUUGUUGAGUCAAAGCCUCAUCAUGUUCGAGCAAGUUCAGCAACGAAAGAAGCGGGUUUAAGGCGAAGAAGAGAGAAGAGUUUUGAACCAAUGCUUACUACGAGUCAUCAUGUGAAAAGAAACUCACAACAACAACAACAACAUAGUAGUGGUAAUGCUAGCGAGAAGGAAGAGAAUUUGGAGGAUCACGAUGAGAAUUACAAAGCUUAUCUCUCAUGGUUAGUGGAGAAUGCAAAAAGCUCAAGAACUAAACCUGAUAAGGAGAUACAAGUAAAAUGUGAGGAGGAGGAUUAUGCAAUGUCUUUGUCUGAUUCUGAUUCUGAUACUAUUGUGGUUGGAGAUCGUCCGUUUCUGGAUGAAGAUGUUUCUCCAUUUGUGCCAUCCAAAAGUUAUAAAGUGGUUGAUUUGGAUGACAAGAAAGGUGAUGAAAGGAGUUCUUGGUUUAGGAAGGAGAUAAUGAAUGUUCUGAAGCAGCCAUACACUGUAACAGAGCUCAGGGAACUUCACAAUGAAGCAUCGGUGCAUAGAAGGUCAACCCGACACAUAGAACUACGAGAUGGAACUGAGUUUAACUUUAAAACGAAGAAAAAGAGACCUUCAUAUCUCGAUAAGUAUCCAGACUUCAAAAAGGAGUAUCUUGAUUCUUUACAUGAAGCUGAUGAGCGUAAAGCUCUGAACCUGUUACGCGGGUUUAUCUUUUAUUUAACGAAUGUGGUUCGUGAUGAUGCAUUCAAACCAUGGCUUGAUCAUGAAUGUUUGAAGACCAGAUGUUUCUGACAAAAAUAGAGUAUCAGCACUUGGAGUUCUGACACAAGACUAGUAUUUCCGUUCUCAUGGAAAAAAAUUAGGAUAUGCAAAGACCCUUUGUUUCAUGAAAUAAGUUCUGGCAUGACUUGCUUUUAUUUUGUGUAACAUUAGCCUCACCAUUGUGUUGUAGCUCAAGACUCAAGACUGGCCCAGUGGCAUCAGGUUCUGUAAUGUGAUUAUCUCUUCCAUAACUUUCACCUGCAAUAAAGCUUCCAAGUGGACUUGUUGAAAAGGAAACCUGGAUUCCAAA